AUGGCUGAGUACGGGCGUAUGGACCCGUUCUCCUUUGCGGGUUCCAAGGAUGUCCAUCAUCCUGUGAGCAUUCGCAUAAUGAAUCUUGAGGGCGAGGAACCCCCGUACAAGUUCUCAACCCUUCUCGAGCGCCCAGAGUUGCGCCACAUUGGCUCCAACAUCAGCCCCAACUCCGACCUCUAUGUUACUGUCCAAGUUUGGUCCGGCUCCAAGCCCUUGACUGUUCCGGUCCAGACUGCCUACAAACCCUUCCGAUCCGAGCGAAAAUGGAACGAGUGGAUUCAGCUGCCCAUUACUUACGACUCUCUACCGGCCAACUCAUGCCUGGCCAUCACAGUAUGGGAUCUUUCGCCGGUGGGCGGAGAUGGAGCCAUUGGCCACGCCAUUCCUUUUGGAGGCACAACUCUACCGAUGUUCGAUGACGAAAAUCAAGCACAGAAGGGACGACAGAAGUGUCUUGUACACCGACAUAAACACGCAGAUGGCAACGAUAAUACGGCGACACCUGCGCUGGUUUCGUCCAAGAAGAAAUCGUCUCGAAAAGGACAACUUCCUCCCCUGGACAAAGACGCAGAGGAGUUGGACAGGAUGGAGACUUUGUUUAAAAAACACGAAAUGGGCGAGAUACCUCGGGUUGACUGGUUGGACCAGAUGGUGUUCCGGAGCUUCGAAAAACGUGGCCUUCAAGCCGCCAAAUCAUCAAUGAAAAUGCUCCAGAGGCAACGAGCCAUAAACGGGGAGAACGAUGCGGAGGGCCAAGAUGGUGAGGACAAAGACGGACGCCCAGGUCAAUCAACAUUUCUACUUAACGUCGAGCUUCCACGAUUCGACUUUCCUGUCGUUUUUGCCGACCACGAAUAUGGCCCUCCUCCUAUAUCGGCCCUCCAGAAUCUCUCAGUCUCCCAGGCUAGCAUCGCCCACCGUCAGCCGCAAGUUCAGUAUGGCCCUGGUAUCAAUGCGUUAGGCGAACACUCUACAGCUCUUGGGGGGCGACUGAUCAAAGUUUAUGACCCCGAAGCUGGGCAUAGAGACAAUCCUGCGGAGGCCAAGCACAGAAGAUUGUUCCGAAGCUCACACCGACAUGGUAUUCUUGACAAGGACCUUAAACCGAAUGCAAAGGUUCGAGAUGAGCUUAACUUGAUCAUGUCAUACUCCCCAACUCAUGUCCUCAGCCCAGAGGAAACUGAUCUGGUUUGGAAGUUCCGCUAUCAUUUGACCAGAGACAAGCGGGCUUUGACCAAAUUUGUCAAAUCUGUCAACUGGGGCGACCAAAGUGAAUCGAGACAGGCCAUACAGGUACUUGGUCGUUGGACCGCUAUUGACAUCGACGAUGCGCUUGAACUUCUUGGGCCGUCUUUUGAUAACUCUGCUGUCCGUUCCUACGCCGUAGAGCGACUCCGCAAAGCCGAUGAUGAGGAAUUACUGCUAUAUCUAUUGCAAUUGGUCCAAGCUCUUAAAUAUGAGCAUAUCUCGACUGAAACAGAAGAAGAGAGCUGUCAUGAUUCAUCUUUGGCUCGCUUCCUGAUCCAACGCGCGGCAGCUAACUUCCUGUUGGGAAACUAUUUCCACUGGUAUCUGAUGGUAGAGUGCGACGAUCCGAGUCCUGAACAAGGUGUAGAUAACCGCAACAUCUACCGCAAGGUUGCUUACGACUUUAUGGUUGAGCUUGUGAAGCAGCCAGACGGUCAGGAAACGCGCAAAACUUUACUACGUCAAGCAGAGCUGGUCGCCAUACUCUCAAGGAUUGCGCAAGAAGUCAAAACGUCAAACGAAUCUGUUGCAAAGAAGGUCGACAAGGUAAAGCAUUUCUUAGCUGACCCAAAGAAUGAGCUCCUUGCCUUCGAUCCUCCUUUACCGAUGCCACUUGACCCUUCAGUAUUGGUCACGGGAAUCAUCCCGGAUCAGACAGUGGUUUUCAAAUCAUCGCUUAAUCCAUUCAAAUGCACAUUCAAAACGACAACGGGAAGUUCAUAUCCUAUCAUCUUCAAGCUAGGUGAUGAUCUUAGACAAGAUCAGCUUGUUAUCCAAAUCAUCACUCUUAUGGAUCAGUUAUUGCAGAAAGAGAAUCUGGAUCUCAAGUUGUCACCAUACAAAAUUCUGGCAACCAGUACCUCGGCUGGUGCUUCGCAAUUUGUGCAAUCAGCAAGCUUGUCAAGCAUUGUCAACAAAUUCAAGAACAACCCAGCUUUGGCUUAUCUCAAAUAUCAUAACCCAGAUGACAGGCAACCUCUUGGUGUCCGGCAAGAAACCUUGGAUACGUAUGUGAGGUCUUGCGCUGGCUACUGUGUUAUAACUUACAUCCUUGGUGUCGGUGAUCGUCAUCUGGAAAACCUUCUCCUUGCGCCUGACGGACACUUCUUUCACGCUGAUUUUGGGUUCAUUCUUGGACGAGAUCCAAAACCUUUUGCUCCGCUGAUGAAGCUAUCAAAGGAAAUGGUGGACUGUAUGGGCGGUGUACAGUCGGAGCACUAUAAACAGUUCAAGCAGUACUGUUUCCUGUCAUACACGGCGCUACGCAAAUCUUCGAAUCUUAUCCUCAAUCUCUUUAGUCUUAUGGUUGAUGCUAAUAUCCCUGAUAUCAGACUUGAGCCGGACAAGGCCGUACUCAAGGUUCGGGAGCGCUUCCAUCUGGAGUUGAGCGAGGAAGAGGCGUUGAGAUAUUUCGAUCGAGUCAUUGAGGAUACACUGACAGCGUAUGCGCCCGUUGUCAUUGACAAGUUGCAUGAGUGGGCGCAAGCUUUCAGGGCUUAG